AAAGAAAAAGAAAAAGAAAACGGACUUUUGCUCUGGCUUUCCUUCUCCUCUUCUUGGCCGUGGUUUGUCCUCAUGGAUGAGGUGUUGGGACAGAGGCAUUCCACCACCCCUCUGUCCUAAUUGCCUCCAUCCCUGAGGACACACCAAGGCCAAGUACUCAUGCCCUCUCCCUGGAUGCUUGCAUGCCGUAGAGGAAAUCAAUCAUGGCAGCUAACACAUUUCAGCAGUAAAUGUGUCACUGUCUUCAGUCAGUGAGGGCAGAGAACCACAGUCAGCUAUAGAGUGGAAGAGCAGCUGGAGGUAGAGACUGCUUUUGAGGGUUAAGACUUGGUUUUAGGGUACAGGUUACAGUUAGGUUAAGUUUAGGGUAAGGGGCUAGGGAAAGCAAUAUGUCAAUGACUGUGGGAUUAUGAGACGUGUGUGCGUGCGUGUGUGUGUGUGUGUCUAAAACCCCUAGGUCGGCUAUGAAGCUGUUUCCUGUCCCUCCAAUAUUUUGGUCCAGUUUGCUGGUUUUGUGGGCCUCACAAAGUGGGACGCACGCCAGCAAUCCAGAUAUCUGUCAGGAGAACAUGGAAAUUGAUGAACUCAAUGCACAGAGUUCAGUGGAGGGGAAUUAUAUAAUGAAGACUGCGGUGGAAGGUAACUUCCUCUGCGCCCUUUACCCAACAAAUACACUCAACUGCUCCUGGUCAUUCCACACUUUACAGAAGAAUGCUCAGCUCUUUGUCUAUAUCAGUGUUUGUGACGGUGAAAGGACAGUUCCCCCCCCCUCUCACAAUUCGUCUGAGGAAAGAGUCGGAUCAAGGUCUUUGACUCUAAGCGACUAUCAGUCGUUUCAUGUAAACAUCAACUUUCACAUAACCCUACACGACAAGUGGACAGACUACACCUUCAGAUACGACGAGCACAUGCUAGAGGUCCUGGCUCCACCCGAAAAAAUCUCUGCAUCAGUCAAAGAUGGAAGCCUGUUGGUGACCUGGGGUCUGCCCCACAGUCGAGAAUACUCCAACCCCUCAUGUUUUGAAUACCAGCUGGACAUAGGUGACCAGGAAAGACCCAAGAACUUGACCGGCCAGUCUUAUAAAGAGCCAAAUGCAGAUCCCUCCCGCACCUACAGAGUGAGGAUAAGGGCGAGAAGGAAAUACGAAUGCCAAUUAUCUCCUCAAUGGAGCGACUGGAGUCACACCGUCAUGGUGGAACAGUCAGGUUACAAACUCAACACUCUGGUGAUCAUCUCGAUUUCCCUUGGAAUACCCAUGAUCCUCCUGGCUGUGCUGCUGAUGGUGCGCCAUCAGAGGGUGACUAAGGUUCUGUUUCCUCCGAUUCCACGGCCCCCACCAAAGUACAAAUGUUUCCUUGAAAAAAAUGACACAUUGAAUUUCUUCCAUCCUGGCCUGUCAGCUGAGCCUGAGGCGGAGAUCACAGAGGUGGAGGACACAGAGCAAAACCCGGGAAAGACAUUUUAAAAACAAUAUGGGAAGGACACAUUCAAAUUGAAUUUGCGGCUCUGUGUCGCUCAUGUCUUAAGUUUUGUGACACUUUAAUAAAUUUGAGUACAUGUAAAAGUAUACCAGUAUGACAGCAAAACACUGAACCCUGUUUUGCCUUUUAACAUGCAUAUGACAGCAAUACUUCAAUUAUUUUAGAAAUACGCUGAAUCACUUUCUUGCUGAGAGUUAGAUGAGACACUCUAUACCACUCUCAUGUCUGCACAGUAAAUUGAAGUUCACAGCCAGCAGCUGGUUAGCUUAGCAUAAAGACUGGAAGCAGGGGGAAACAACUAGCAUGGCUCUGUCAGUAACGUAACAAAAAUCACCCACCAGCACCUCUAAAGCUCAAACAUUAAUUGACACUUUUGUUAAAUCUAUACAAAAACUGAAGCAUAAAGAUGACAUUCUCCAUUUUACAGGGGGUUAUGUCCCGGGCUAUUUCUUGGCUCUGAGCAGAAACUCCAUUAAGUUAGUGGUUGUGGCCAAGAAAUAUUUUGGGAUAAAAUUAUCCAUAAAAAAGUGAAUUGUCGCUUUUAUACUGCUUGUACUGAUUAAACAAAUAUGAUGUCUUAAUUACUGUAGUGAGAUUUAGAGUUGCUGGUAGGUGGAUUUCGUUACCUUUGGACAGAUUCAAGCUAGCUGUUUCCCCCAUUUUUCAGUUGUCUUUAUGCUAAGCUAAGCUAACCCGCUGCAGGCUGUGGCCCUAUAUUUAACGGACAGACAAGAGUGGUAUCAGGCUUCUCAUGUAACACUCUGCCAGAAAGGGAAUAAACAUAUUUCCUAAAAUGUUGAACUGUUUCUUUAAAGGUCUACACUUCCCUCAGAUCUAACAAUUGCAGAUAAAGGAAGAGUCAAUAGUGGACUCCAUUUUAAAAUCUGCCAAAGAAAUCAAGUGAUCCAACUUCAGUUCCUGUUGCAGAGAUCCUGCAUUCUGACGGACAUAGAGAGCCAACCUACACUCUUGUACAAGUCACAGUAAUGAGUUCUAAAGCCUUCUCCUAAUAUGAAUCUCAGAGCACUUUGAUAAAAAAAAAAAUUGAAAGAGAGAAGUGCAGAUGUUGUCGCUUGCAUAUAAAUAAUACUACAAUAGUGCGGUAGGGGUGCGAUUGUAGACUGAACUACUUGCUGCCAAACUGAACGAGAGAGAAAAAUGUGUGUAUAAAAAGUUUUUUUUAGUUUUUACUUUUUUCGAACGAGGUCUGUGGUCGAAUAGUCUUUAUGCUUAGGAAGGUUCCUAACUGAGUGAAAUGACCUGGAAGUAUUUAAGUGGCAGCCAUGAUAAGAUUUGUCCGAAUUUGGUCAUGUCUAGAUGGUAACCCUGGAUUUGCAAAACUCUCAUAAGAUUUGUACGUGUUGUUUCUUCAUUGUGCAUGUUCCUAAACCUAACCAAGUAGUUUUGUUGCCUAAACCUUGUGAGGGUUUCUACAAAUCCAGAGUUACCAUCUAGACAGGACCACUGAAUUCUCUAAAUGCUAAGGAAAGGUGCUUCAAUGCUAGCUUUCUAAUAAUGCUGUCACACAAUUCCUUGCGGCAGCAAUAUUUAAAGUGAUGCGCCAUUGUAGUUUCUCCACGGGAGACUCACAUAAAUGUAGAAACAACAGAGCACCUAUUUUAUGCUUGUGACAGGAUCCAAAACUUAUGGAAAUCCUUGCAUGAUUGGCUGAGCUCCAAAUAUAGAUCAUAAAUAUAGAUCUCUUCUCUUUCAAAUCGAUCCAGUUAGGAGUAAUCUUGAAAAACAAGCAUAAUGAAUUUCUAGGUAACAAUAUCAUCAUAACAAAAUACUAUAUACAUAAAUGUUGUUUCGCUAAAUCCCCAUUGUGGAAUGCGAAAAAAAAAUACUAAAAAAUGAAUUUUCUCUACUUAACAAAGACGGUGUAGUCCCUCAUUCGUCCAGGAGUGUUCUAUCGUAGAAAAGGUUUCAGUCGUAGUCAUCUGGACGUUUUCAGAAUCAAGACGUUUCGGCUCCCAUCCGGAAGUCAUUCUCAAUUGUGAAAAAAUGGGAUGGGAACUAGAAGUAGGUAGAGAUAGUUGCAGCCAGAAAACAAUAGGCCUGAUUACUGAUUACUGGGCCAUCUUGGAAACAAUUAGGUCAGUUUCAGGUGAAACUAGCUAUUAACAGAUACUCAGGAAGACUCCUUCCUGAGGGCAGGGCUUAUGUAACACAGAGUAGCUUAAAUUUCUAGUUCCCGUCCCAUUUUUUCACAAUUGAGAAUGCUGAAAACAGUGUCCAGAUGACUACGACUGAAACCUUUUCUACGAUCUACUUAACAAAUGUAUAAAAAUGGUCAAAAGCGACCAUGCCAGGAAACUCUGUAUACUUAUGUCUGAAUAUAAUUUACUCUGGCCCCUUGCUCAAUUCCUCAUUUCUAAUUAAUUAUCAUCAUAAUGGCUCAACCUUCUCUACUUGUAUAUUAAUUUUAUGUUAUUAUUUCAACAUUUCCAUCCUGUUUGCUUUGUUUUUGUCUUUAUUUUCAACACUAUCUAUUUUGUUGUUACUUCCUGUAAGUAAUUGAUGGUUAAAUGUACCCUAUGUAUAAACUUAAAACAUCCUUUCUUAGUAGGUGUGAUUCUGUUUUGGACAGGAAACCUUACUCGAAUUAGGCAGCUUUGAGUUUGUCACUGUAAUUAUGUGCUAUAAAUAAAGUUGAUUUAAAAGCCUA